AGUAAAAGAUGCAAUAACAAGUUCUGUAAAAAAUUCUGUACAAAAUAAAAGCGAAUGAUGGAAACUAUCGUCUGUCCAAUAUUUGAACCUGUGACCCAUACAAUGAUGAGACACUGUGACUCACAAACCAUUGCAAGUUCAGAUAACCCCUUAUAUAUAAUGUUUUUGAUGUUUAAUCACAUAUCAUCAAACUGCCACACUGUGACAGAAGAAACACCAGAAAGAAAAAGUUUUGGAGCUAUAGAGGGAAUUGUUUGGCUUAUGAUGAACCAAAAGGUCUUGAUUGCGUUGAUGCCUAACCCACUCGGCCACCAUGACAUUUUUACUCCAGAGAAGCUAUGGAGGAGGCGGUGUUAUGGCUCGAGCAGGCAUUUCUAUGGAACGGGCACAAACUUGUUCUUCAUCAAAGGUUCCAUAACAGCCGCGCGAUACAUUGAAGAUGUGUUAUCAGAAGAAGUUGUUCCUUAUAUGCAACUAAUUGGCGACGGUUUUAUUUUUAUCCAUGACAACGCAAGGCCCAAACAACUAGGAUCACUGGUGGCUACUUGGAACGGACUUCAAUUGAAUGUUUGGCGUGACCAGCAUGCAGUCCAGGACUUAACUCUAUCGUACACAUUUGAGACGAAUUGUCAAAGAGGGUAAAAAGUUGCCCAGUGAUGCCAGAGAAUUAAGAGGUGUUGGAGGAUUUGACGAUUCAAAACCAGAUAAAAUGGAUGCCAUGUCAAAUUUGGCUAUGUUGAAUGUAGGAGGAGGAAAUACUCCGUACUGAAUUGAAUAUCAUUGUCACCCAAGAGACCUACUUAUUUAAUUAUGUAUUUUUAAAUUCCUUGCCUAGAGCUUGACAAAUGUACAUUGUUAAAUUAGGUUAAACUUGUUCUUGUCACUUCAAAUAAAGUUUUUUUAAAAAAGGAAUCCGCAGUUGAAGUUAUUUAACUGGCGCAGUCGGUAGGACGGCAAAGGAUCUCAAGAGGACAUUGAAGAUCAUCUGUUUCUACAGUUAACUUGUGAUGAUGUGUAACAUCAUCUGCAAUUUGAAAAGGACAUGCAAUUUGAAGUAAUACUGUAAGUCCAGAAAAUUUUAUUAUCUUUUGAUUUUUAUUUUAUUUUCAAGUAUACACAAACAUUUACUU